GCUGAGCCGAUGGGAUAGGCGCGGGGGCGCGUCUGUCACCCGGCAAGCCCCCAGCCCGGAUUCGGAGGGAUGCGGAGCGGCAGUGGCGGCGGCGGUGGCGGAGACUGUGGCUUUAAGAGCGCGCAGGGAGCGCUAGAGUCAGCCGUGCAGUCCUUCAUCGCCAAGCACUCCGGAGAGCCCGGCGCUGGCCGGACCGGGCAGCCUACCGCCAGGCUGCUGAGAACCAGCUCUAGAUCUCUGCUAGAGAGUCCUCCUUCUGCAGACAUCACCAGUGUGUGGAGCCUGCCGCACACCCACCCCCUGACAAACCACGGCCUUUACCUGUGUCUUUCGCUGUUUCCCGUGCGACCCAUCCUGUGGGAGUGCCUCGUGGGCUGCCCCGGAGUUUGCCCCACGCUCAGCAGCGCCAAUGGUGAAGAUGACAAGAUCCAAGACUUUUCAGGCAUACCUACCCUCCUGCCACAGGACCUACAGCUGCAUCCACUGCCGAGCUCACUUGGCCAAUCACGACGAACUCAUUUCCAAGGUUUUGUAGUCUCAGCUCCAGAUGAGUGACAGCCAAGCGUUCCUCGUUAGCAGGCUGACCUGACUGGCACAUGAAGGCUGCCCAGGCAACCAAGUCUCUGGUCACAGUAUCUAACCCGAGGCCCUAGAACAGACCUCUGGGUUCUCUUCCAGGGUGCUUACUAACAUAAGCUUGAUGCCCAGAGCCCCCAGGGUGCUUACUCACCCAUAAGCUUGAUGCCCAGAGCCCCCAGGGUGCUUACUAACAUAAGCUUGAUGCCCAGAGCCCCCAGGGUGCUUACUCACCCAUAAGCUUGAUGCCCAGAGCCCCCAGGGUGCUUACUAACAUAAGCUUGAUGCCCAGAGCCCCCAGGGUGCUUACUAACAUAAGCUUGAUGCCCAGAGCCCCCAGGGUCCUGGCUGAACUCCCUCUUUUCCAACUACACUUAAGCUAGCCUUUUACUUUCCACCUAUAUCAUAUAAUUCAUCUUUUUUUGCAGAUUUCCAUUAAGUUUUUGGAGUAAACCUGGUAAUUUGGAUAUGGGAGGUCAUGUCAGUGGGAGAACUAGCCAGUCUCCUGGCGUUAUAUUUGAGUUGGCUCUGUCUCCCCUUCCACAACCUUUUUUUUGGGUAGACAUUUCCAAAAUAAGUGUUUCUAUCUAGGGUGGACUCAGGCACCAUUUUAACACAAGGGAGAAGUGUUCUGUGGUGUAUAAGAAGUCAAGGCUCCAAAAGAGUAUGUUUUUUUGCAUCUAUUCUGUAUUGAAAACUGCUAUCUCCCUAACCCGUGUGACUCUUUAAGGUAAGUGGCUAGUCCUAUGUCAUACCAGUGGGAAGCUGAGACUCAAAAAUAUUGUUCAAGGUCUCAACAUGGAGGUUAAGAAAAGUGAUUAGUGUCUGCUGGUGUUCAGUCAGGAUUUCUUGACAAGGCCUGAAGAGAUGGCUGAAGCUGGACAUGUGGAGAUGGCAGUGGCAUCCAGGGUCGCAUCUGCAGGCGUGCAGGGCGUUGCUUCAUUUUAGCCAGGAGACACUAGCAGUGUCUGUCCCUUGAGCAUUCUGGUAAAGGCAUCUCACGCCUCUGCCAAGGGCUGACCCCUCCUUGCCUCCUCUCCUCCCUCGUCCUUCUGUGGGUCCUCUGAUCAGAACUUGACCGGCCCAUGACAGCAGCUCAGUAAAUGGACAGAUGAUGUUUGAGCCUUGGGAGAAGACGAGGAGGAAGCAGAGAAGGCUGCAUUGCCUUCAUGUUCUCCCAUACCCAUUCUGGGGCUCACAAGUCUAAGCCAAAGUCAGCAGAGGCUUUGGUUUCAUUGGCUACAGCCAGCGCGCGCACAGAUGGGGUGCAUUAGAGAUGGAUGAUUUAAGGAGUUGGGUGAAAUGCCUGACUGGGGAAAGAGCGAGGGAACUGUGCUUGGCAUUGUACAAAGAUUCCUUUAUUCUGCUGCACAGCCACCCCCGGCAUUAAAUAAUCUAUACAUUCUUAUGCACGUCCGCUUAAUGGAAAGAUCGUUGCCUCGGCCCCCUCCUUGGAAAAAUGGGCCUUUCUUUUCAUGCCCACCCCCCUCCAUUUAGGAAAGUUCAAGGAGAGAAUGUCCCUCCUGUUCCCCUCUUGACUUAAUCUCCUGUGUGGUUUCUGAGUCUGCCCAGUGGGAGUGGAGAGCUGGACACCAGAAAGUCAGGGCGGGAACCCCAGUGCAAUUAAUGAGGCUUUGUACUGGUAAUAGGGUCUUUAGUCAGAGAGCUGGAUGUUUGGGGAACAAAAAACAAAUAAAGUGAGCCUGCCUUCCUGAUGGAGAGAGACAGGCAAAGGUCCAGAGGAGGGAGGGGGUGUCUAGAAUGAACAGGGGACUUCAGCAUCCCUUCCAAUCCGCAUGGCUAGGCCACCACGGGAAUGCUACAUUGUAAAGUUUUAACAGUUGAGUGUGUUGAUUGGGCUGGUGGAAAGCUCUGUGCAGGGCUUGCUUCCUGCCCUGCUCACUUUACAUACCCAGGAGCUUCAGUUGCCAGCAAUCAGCUGCCCAACCCCCCAACCCCCCCAGUCUCAGUUUCUUACAAAAUGGGCAAAAUGGUAUCCUCUGUGAUUGUAGUGCCUGAUUCUGGGGGUGGGUGGGGGUGGGGCUGGAAUCACCAGAUUGUCAACAGAAUGGCUCCUAAACAAGCAAGUUUACCUCUCAUUCAUCUGGAGGCCGGAAAACCCCAGAUUUAGAAACUUGGCAGACUCGGUGUCUCAAGGUUUUACGUUCCAGUGCACACAUCCAUCCCAUGUUACUGUGUGGCCUUACGGGGGAGGGGCAAAAGAUCUUCCUCUGGCUUAUUUCUUUAUUAUCAUAUUUUGUGUAUAUGCUUUGAGACAGUCUUGUGGAGUUGCCCCUGUCUAUGGUCUUUAACUGCUGGGCCUUAAGAGGUCUUUCUGCUUCCAGGUGUACAGGGCAUAUAUGUGCCACUGUGCUUGGCUGUUCUGGCUCCUUUAUACUGACAAUAAUCUCACUUCCGAGGGCUCUGCCUUCAUGGCCCAAUAAUCUAUUUCAAUACGAUUGGGGGAUGGGUAGACUCUGAGACCAUGUGAGGUGGCAGGUAACUAGCAUUUAGUGUGUGCCUCUGGCUGCUGUCUCCAUGGCAAGGCAUACCUCACUGGGAAAGGAGCAGCCUCACCUCAUUGCGUUGCCACACAGCUCAGAUGCGGAUCAGGGUGGAUUGUGGACGACAAAGGUGUUUGCAGUAUAAAGUAGUUCCAUUUCCUCUCUUGGUCUUGUUAUUCCAAAUGUAAAGUGGGGAGGUUGGAGGGAAUAUUCAGCUUGGGUUUUCCAUCAAGACCCAGUGCAUAGGCAUUGGAUGUAGGGAAAGGACAGUGAUAGCCCUGUAUGUCUAAGGCAUACACGUUCCGGCCUGUGGGAGGGGAGACUUUUGAAUUGAUAAUAGAACCAUCUAGAGAAUGUGCUGAGGCGUUCCACGAUCUCUUUCUUGAGGGUGGUAUGGUCUACAUGCUGGGCUGUUUGUCUGCAGAGGUAUUUUGAGUUGGCAUGAAGAAUUGCUUGCACCAUUGUUCUUAAUGUUGCCAGCCCCGGCCAGCAAAAAACAAAAACAAAAACAAAAAAAACCACACUUGGAUUAUAAAAUAAUAAUGGCUCCCGCCAGAUCAGUGAGUCCUGCCUCAGCCUCCCAAGUAGCCCAGGUUUACAGGCCGUACCACCAAGUGCAGCUGUGUGGAGACCUCCCCACUUGCUGUCCUCCUGCCAGUCCUAAGCCGAACAGCAGGGUGUUUGGGAAUUUGUGGCUUCAUUUCAAGACUUGAUCCUUAUCGGAAGGGCGGGCAUUGUGGGAGGCUGUCAAGUGGGUGUCCAGGGCAGGUGGAAAGAAGAAAUAUUCGGCUCACCACCCAACCUACUUGUGACUGUUUGGUUAGAUCUUUGGGCCUGAUUAUUUUCUAGAGACAGAGGCGCUCCGGAACUGCAAGGCUGUCUACUCUUGGUCAAGAAACAGGUCAGAGCGAGGCAGGAAAGCAGCCUUAGGUCACACUGCCUCUGAACCAGGGACCUCUGUCUCCGCCUGGGCCAUGUUCUGGGUGAGGAGCCCUGAGCAAACUUGCCUUCUGGCUCCUGGCAGUACUUUAGAGGCUAGGAACUUGGGCAGUGGUUUAUUUUGUUCCUCGUGGGGUUCCUUGGGCUGGCUGUGGUGGCAUUUGGACUCUUUUUUCCUGCCAAGAGAUUAGAUAUAACAUUGCUUAGAGAGUCAGGAGGGCACCUGUGCUACAGCUGUAUUGACCGUGCAGCUGCCACAGGGCUAACCUGCUCUCGUUUCCCACCUGUGCCUUUGAGCCAUAGUGUUGCGGUUCCCAGCAAGCCUUUGACCUCUCGCUCCAGUGCAGUGGCUUAUAGGUCACAGACGUGGUGGGGUGCUGAUGUGGCAGCACAGAGAUAUGCCCCAUCGUGCUGACCGUCCUGUCAAGGUGGUCUUUGCUUCUCUUAGUUUCUUCGGUCCAUCAUUUUGCUGCUUUUAAUAAACACUCUAAAGCAGAUGUUCUCAACCUUCCCAAUGCUGUGACCCUUUAAUACAGUUCCUCAUGUUGUGGUGACAAGUUAUUUCCGUUGCUACAUGCAUAACUUGUAAUUUUGCUACUGUUAUGAAUCAUAGUGUAAAUGUCUGAUAUACAGGAUGGUCUUAAGGCAAUCCUUAAAAGGGUCAUUGAGCCCUCAAAGGGUUACAACCCAUAGGUUGAAAACCACUGCUCUACAGUAUUAAUGUCCUGAUACUAGCAUGUAGGAAGUCCUAAGUUAGAUCCCCAGAACCACAGAUACAUGUAAUUCCAGCAUUAGGGAAAUAGAGACAGAAGGAUCAGGAAGUUCAAAGGUCACCCUUGGCUACGUAGCAAGGUUGAGGCCAACCUGAGCUACAUAAAGACCUGUUUCAAAAAGAAGAAAAAAAUCACAUGAAGAAUCUAGAAGCAUAGAAAAUGCCUGCAUUUCCUUUUCUUUAGGUAAAACUAAAAGCAGAGUAGACAUUGGGCUGUCACCACAGCUCUGAUAUGUGCUUCCACAGAAGGUAGUACUGCACAAGGGGCAUUUCCAUAUAACACUCCUCACCAACUAGUCCUUUAGUGCCUGUCUCUAGCUUGCAAAGUAUGUUGAACUUGAGUUUGAGUGUGUAUUUGUCUGAAUGUUUAUAUACCACAUGUGUCUGGUGCCUGAGGAGGGCCCUGGAUCCCUGGCAGCUGGAGUUAUGGUCCCGAGCCACCAUGUGGGUGGCUCUCUCUGAGCCAUCUCUCCAGCUCUCCCCCUCCCCCCUUUUAAAAAAUUCAAUAGAUGUAUGCUCUAUUUGGUUUAAAGAAAAAAAACACUGAAGUAAAAUUAAUAUUUCUAUUGACAAUGGGGAGGAAACAAAGGAUUGAAGUUAAAUCUAUAAAUAAAUAUCUAGCUCAUAAAAGUUUUUGAGUACCGCGGCGUCAGUUGUAUCGCAGUAAUUAAAAGUCGCUCAGGGACAGGUGGUUGAACCAUUGCUGUAUGACCUCGAUGAAGGUUUUGUGACUUGAGUCUUUGUGUUCUCCUUUUUUCUUUUUGAGGUUUCUUCCCCCAGCCCACCAACUCUCCAUAUGUCUGUCUGUCGGUGUGUCUGUCUGUCGGUGUGUCAGCGACUACGUACCUGUGCUUCUGGGUGGAGGCCAGAGGACUUCAGUAUCAUUCCUCAGCCUCUUGGCCACUUUGUCCCUUACAGGCCUGUAACUCAUUGAUUAGGCUUGGUUGACUGGCUGACUGGUUGGCCAACGAGUCCCAGGAAAUCUCCCUGCCUCUGCCUCCCGGAUGCUGGAAUUACAAGUGCAUGCCAUCACACCUGUCUUAUUUACUUUUCCACACCCAACCCCUCCCCCCUUUACAUCCCCUUUUAAAAAUAUGAAUUGUGAGGUUCAAGCUCAGGUCCCCCUGCCUGUGCAGCAAGCCUUCUAUCUUCCCAGCCUGAAUGUCUUAAAGGGAUGUGUGUGUCUGUGUGUGUCUGUGUGUGUGUGUGUCUCAGGUAAAAGAAAUCUGAACAGAAAAUUCUUUGAACCACAUGACUUGGUUGGAUUGCAGCACUUCUUGGUAAAAUGCUAUUUGGAGCCUGCAAACGCUGUGCUGUGUGGUGUCUUUAGGAUGAAGAAGCAAGAAACUUUCUCAGGGGUGUUCAUGUUUGGGAACAAGACUUAGUUUUAAGCGUGUCCCGCUUGCUCCUGUCCAUUUGCUCUUCCUGUGGCCUCCGGAAUGAUAAGGCUAUCGCAUUGCUGGUUUGGCUGCUGAACUUGGAGGACCUGACCAGAGUCUAAGUCCUUGUACAUUUUGUUCAAUAUUUUAUUUCUUUUGUUUAGUCCCUUCCCCCCUCUCUAAAAACAGUUUUGAUUGUCAGUGUUGACAUGGGGUACUCUGUCUUAGCCUGCCUGCCACCAGGACUAUAAGAGUAGAAUCCCAGACCCAACCUGAAUAAUACUGCUUGAUCUAGGGGCUAGGGAUGAGGAGAUGAAGCCAGCAUGAUUCUUGCAGUGAGGGCCAGUGAUCUCAGUAGGUAAGACAUGGGAGAGCAAGGCCCACUGCGGAGGUCAGGAGGAUGUUAUUAAUGAGACUGGCUUGGGUAUCAUUAAAAAAAAAAAAAAAAA